AUGGAGACGCUGGCUCAGAGGGUGGCGAAGAGGGCCAAGAUGUCGAUGGGCGGCAAGCCCCCGGCGAGCACUUCGCGCACGCCGGAGCUAGUGGUGAUCAGCCCAGACAACAGCCCCCGGCGCAGCCCCCGCUUCAGCCCCCAGCACCUUCCCUCGACGAACCCGAAGGACGUCGACACCGUCAUCAAGGAGGUCGCCAAGGAUGCCAAAGCCGAGGCCGACAAGAUUGCUGCCGAGGAGGCCGCCAAGACUGCCGUUGAGGAGGCCGCUAGGGGGCCUGCCGGGGAGGCCAGCAAGGAUACUGCCGAAGGGGCCAGCGAGGCUGCUGCUGGGGAGGCCGACAAGGCUGUCGCCGAGGAGGAGGAGGCCAACGACCAACCUUCCUCCCCUCCGGCCCCCGCCUCGGGCAGGUACUUGAAGGUGGGCGACGACCUGUUCGUCCACCUCCCAGGGACGGCGGGCACCAGGGCGCCGGCCGAGGGGGAGGUGUUUGACGACGAGGCGCUCGCCGCCGUCGGGCUCCAGGUUGUCGACGAACCGAGCCCCGGCGAUGGCGGUUCCCGAGAGGAGAAACUUCUCCAGGCCACGAGCACUAACUUUCAGAAACUCCAGGUGCUCCACCGCCUGGACAAGGUGAAAUCCAGGAUGGUGGCGGUGGACAAGGCGGAGGCAGAUCUUGAGGAGCGCGUCACUCAGACGCAAGCUUGGUUUGUCGGGGACCGGGACAAACUAAAGGCUGUCCAGGAUGAGCUGGCUGAGCACAGGCGGGAGCUCGUCCUGAAGCAGCCCGACGUCAAGAAGGCCCAGGAGGCAGCAAAGGAGCAGGCCGCCAAGGACGAGGCUGCUCGGCAACAGCACCAGGCUCUGCUCAACUCCUAG